UCGCGCUUCUGGUAAACAAAUUCGUUUUGUUAUUGAAGAUAAGGACUAACUUUAUACAUAGUACAGUUGUUCGAUUGAAACGAUGUCCCACUUCUCUAAUUUAUGCCGAAUUUUAUUAUCAAAUUCAAAAAAUAAUCUGCAAUCUUAUGAAAAACAUUGUCAAGUUAGGAGUUUAUUUACCACUUUUAUUGCGGAGAAAAACGUGGCUUUUAAUUUAUCAGAUAUAGGGGAGGGAAUUAGAGAAGUGGUGAUUAAAGAAUGGUUUGUUAAAGUUGGAGAUAAGGUUUCUCAAUUCGAUAAUAUUUGUGAAGUUCAGAGUGAUAAAGCCUCUGUCACAAUAACUAGCAGAUAUGAUGGAAUUAUUACAAAAUUGCAUUACAAUAUCGACGAUACGGCGCUUGUUGGAAAACCACUUGUUGAUCUAGAUGUAGAUGGUCAAGAUGACUCUAAAUCUGCAGAAAUGAAAGAAAAAUUUACCCCAGACGUUGAUAUCCAACCUACAUCAAUUUCAACAUCUUAUAUUAAAGAGGACAAAAAAAUCGAUCCACAAGAGGGAAAGGAAAUAUUAUGCAUACCGUCGGUAAGGCGGUUAGCUAAAGAGCAUAAAAUAAAUUUGUCUCGAAUAAUGGGUAGUGGAAAAAACGGUAGAAUACUGAAAGAAGAUAUUAUUAAGUAUCUUGAAACAGAUGGCGAUUCUAUCACUCAAAAAAGACCAGUCAAUUCUGAUUCUAAAAUUGAACCAAUCAGCGGUUUUAGGAAAGCUAUGCUUAAAACUAUGACAGAGGCUUUGAAAAUUCCCCAUUUUGUAUAUAGUGAUGAAAUUACAGUGACCAAAUUGUCAGACUUACGAAAAGAACUUCAAAGUAUUGAAGAGCUCAGGGAAACUAAAAUUACAUUUAUGCCGUUUUUUAUAAAGGCUUUGUCUAAUGCACUUCUACGUUACCCCCUAAUCAAUUCAUCCCUGGAUGAAAAAUGUGAAAAUGUCAUAUACCAUAAACAUCAUAACGUUGGGGUAGCGAUGGACACGACUGCAGGACUUGCAGUGCCCGUUAUUAAGCAUGUUGAAAGUUUAUCAGUUACCGAAAUUGCUGUUAAACUGAAGCAGCUCAGCGUGUCAGGGAAGAAAGGAGUGUUUGCUCCUGACGAUUUAACUGGUGGAACGAUUUCUAUCUCCAAUAUUGGAAUUGUAGGAGGGACCUACACCAAACCUGUUAUAUUACCUCCACAAGUAGCUAUUUUAGCCAUAGGAAGGUCUAAGACCCUUCCCAGAUUCGAUCAAACUGGCAGCGUUAUAGCAGAACAGAUAUUAAACGUUAGUGCGUCAGCUGACCAUAGAAUUGUGGAUGGGGCCACUAUGGCGAAUUUCAUCAGGACAGUAAAAAGGCAAAUUGAAAAUCCAUAUUUACUGUUGCUAAAUUUAUGAAUAAAUAAAGCUCCGAGAUUUUAAAAAUAAAUAUUUUAUUUUCAAUACAAUAUAUAAAACA